CGCUUUCAACCGACCGUCAAAGUUCCCAACACCCGAGGUUGUCACAUAGCCAGUGUCAUUCGCAACCUUAACAAUGGCAACAAGUAUCUCUGCGCCGUUGUGGAGAAAACUAUCAUACUGAUGGAGUGGUUUAACCCACGCAAGACCUUCGUGGAAGUCAAGCGGGUGAGUGUUUCGGGCGUUGCCCUCUCCUGCCUCCUUGACUUUAUCCUGACACUGCGCCCGGGUGGAGAGAGAGAUUGA